UGCGGGGGCAGACGGAGCGGCUUGCUGCAGUCCUCGACAGCGGAAAGAGCCGCAAAUAAGGAUUGUUUUAUCGACCCACAACUCCUGCUUUUGUUUCAUUUUCGCCUACUUCUCUUUGGAGUCCUGAGGACGGAACUUUUCUCUGCCGUGGAGUUUGGAGAGCGGGCUUUUUCGCUGGAUAUGGACAGGCUGCGUUCGCGGUGCAGGCUCGGAAUAAAAGUCUAAUCUGGGACUUUUCUCUCUGGAUGUUUGAUGAAGCGCUUCGUCUUUUCGCCGUGGAUUUACCAGCAGGUUCAGGAGCGGAUAGAUUCUCGUCAUUCCCGGAUUUACGCGUGUAAAGUUUCAGGAAAAACAUGGAGACUGUGAGUCGGCAGAGCUUCCAGCCUCAUCCGGGACUGCAACAAACUCUGAAGCAGUUUCACCUCAGCUCUAUGAGCUCUCUGGGCGGCCCGGCGGCUUUCUCUGCGCGGUGGCAGCAUGAGCUCCUCUUCAAGAAGGACGGCAAGGAGCCCGAGCCCGUGCUGCAGCAUCUGCCGCCGCCCGUCAUGCCCGGCCCGCUCUUCAUCCCGUCCGACCGAUCCACGGAGCGGUGCGAGACCGUGCUGGAAGCGGAGACCAUCUCCUGCUUCGUGGUCGGCGGGGAGAAGCGCCUGUGCCUGCCGCAGAUCCUCAACACGGUGCUGCGGGACUUCAGCCUGCAGCAGAUCAACUCGGUGUGCGACGAGCUGCACAUCUACUGCUCCCGGUGCACGGCGGAUCAGCUGGAGAUCCUCAAAGUCAUGGGGAUCCUGCCCUUCUCCGCGCCGUCCUGCGGCCUCAUCACCAAGACGGACGCGGAGCGGCUGUGCAACGCGCUGAUCUACGGGGGCGCGUACCCGCCGCGCUGCAAGAAGGAGCUGAGCGGCGGCGGAGGAGGCGCGCUGGAGCUGGAGCUCACCGAGAGGAGCUUCAAAGUCUACCACGAGUGUUUCGGUAAGUGCAAGGGCUUGUUCGUGCCGGAGCUGUACACGAGCCCCAACGCGGCGUGCGUCCAGUGCAUGGACUGCAGACUCAUGUACCCGACGCACAAGUUCGUGGUGCACAGCCACAAGGCGCAGGAGAACAGGACGUGUCACUGGGGCUUCGACUCGGCCAACUGGAGGGCGUACGUCCUCCUGAGCCAGGAUUACACGGGGAAAGAGGAGAAGGCCCGUCUGGAGCAGAUCCUGGACGAGAUCAAGGAGAAGUUCGACUUCGCCAACAAGUACAAGAGGAAAGCUUCGUCCAGGGUGUCUGAUCCCAUCCCGAUCAAAAAGUCCAAACAUGACGACUUCCCCUCACAGUCUCCGCUGUCAGACAAAGAGAAGCAGCACGACUGGCUCCAGUCCCUCUCCGCCUCCAAUAAGGGGUUUAACUGCAUCCAGCCGAGGCAGAGGCCCUCAGCUUUCAGACCCUGGUCGCCCCACAUCUCCGCUGGUGAAAAGGAGCACUCCAGUCACCCCCUUGCUCUGCUAAGAGACAGCUUCUACAACUACAAGAGCCUGGAGAAAGCCGUGGCCCCUAAUGUCGCCCUCACGCCGCUGCCCCUGGGGAAGGUGGGUCCCAUGUCCCCCUCGGUGCCAAGCACUUCCCACCCAAGUGGAGGUGAACCCCCUGGUGAAGGAGCCCACGCUUCCUCCAGGCCUCGCAAGAGGAGAGCCACAGGGGAGCUCCCAGCACCAGAGGCCCCGUGCCCUCCUCCAUCAACCGCCAGCAAGCCGCCGCCGCCGCCUCAGGAAGACAAAGACUCAGAGGUGGAGAUCGAGGUGGAGAGUCGUGACGAAUUCACCUCCUCCCUGUCCUCCCUGUCGUCCCCAUCCUUCACCUCGUCCAGCAGCUCAGCAAAGGACUUGAGCUCACCAGGCGCCCAGGCCCCGAUCUGCACCGUCACGUCAGCAGAGGGCACCCCCCCUGCAGCUCCACCCGUCACGACCCCCGUCACCCCUCCAGAGCUGGGUCUAGAGUCUGAGCUGGAGAGUCUGAGGCAGGCGCUGGACAGCGGGCUGGACUCCAAAGAGUCCAAGGAGAAGUUUCUGCAUGAGAUUGUGAAGAUGAGGGUGAAGCAGGAGGAGAAGCUGGGGUCGGCCCUGCAGGCCAAACGCAGCCUCCAGCAGGAGCUGGAGUUCUUGCGAGUGGCCAAGAAGGAGAAGCUGCGGGAGGCGACUGAGGCCAAGCGAAAUCUGAGGAAGGAAAUCGAACGUCUGCGAGCCGAGAGCGAGAAGAAGAUGAAGGAGGCCAACGAGUCGCGGAUCCGUCUGAAGCGGGAGCUGGAGCAGGCCAGGCAGCUGAGGGUCUGCGACAAAGGCUGUGAGGCUGGACGUCUGCGUGCAAAAUACUCUGCACAGAUCGAGGACCUCCAGAAGAAGCUGCAGCACGCCGAGGCCGACCGCGAGCAGCUCCGAGCAGACCUGCUGCAGGAGCGGGAGGCCAGGGAGCACCUGGAGCGAGUGGUGAAGGAGCUACAGCAGCAACUGUGGCCCAAAUCCAACAUCGAAAAGGAGGCAACGCCCAAGGAGACUACAGCUGACAACUAACCCGCCAGCCGACCUCACCACCCAACCAUUCCCCCCAUCCCAUUGUCAUCAUCACCUAACAUCUUCCACCAAAAUCGGACCAUAAACGCACCCAGGAGUCCAGGGCCGGCCACAUCGCAGCACUGUCCAUGAACACUCAAAGACUCGUCCUCGGACCAGAGACGUGAGGGGCGUGUCCUCAAAUCUAGAGAGGGGUUUCCUUGGAGAAAGACAGAAAUGAAACGAGGAAACACUUGUUGCUAAAUCAGGAAAAGACUGGCACCUUGUGAACUUGCAGAACUGAAAACUGGAGAAUAGAGUGAAGAGAAGCAGACGCAUCAGUAUUCUGUGCUUGUCUUCUCUCAGAUUUAAACUAACGGACUUCUGUGAAAACAAAUACUGAAAAAAAGUUAUUUCUGAAAGAUAUACAGCUGUCGAGGUGUUGUAGCGAUGUGGCUGGAAGAGCCAGGGUCGACUUAACCCUAACAGCCUCCACCCCCGUCCCACGCCACGACAAAGAUGGAGGAACACAUUAUAAGCUAUUUAAGGGACUACAUAGCGACAUGUAAAGAAAAAAGGACAGUUUCUUUGUUUCUCUGUAAUAUUGGAGGUUGAAAAUAUAAAAAAAAAAGAUAGAAAUGAAUCAGAAACAAGCAAAUGAAUGGUCCACAGUGCCACCGUGGGUUUGUGGGUUUUCCAGGAAGCCAUAGCAGUCCACUGAAGGGGGGGGCAUCAAGUCUGAAGGUCGGGCGACCCAUCUUUUCUUCCCAUUGUUGUUUUUAGAGAAUCAUCUCUGAGGCGGGUUGGCUCGCCCUCACAUUCUCCUUGUAAAUCGUGGAAACCACGCUGUGUUGGAGCUUUGGAAAAGCACUUGUUUGGGAGGAUGGGAAACGCCACCGAGAGACGCAGUCUCUUGCUCACACGUCCAUUUGUUCUUUUAAGCAUUUGGGUCAAACCCUGAAGUCUUUAUCUUGUGAAGAUAAAAUUCUCCAGAUGUGAGUGUGAGAGAUAAAACCGGCACGUUUUAUUUUACUCCGAUGUGAGAUCAUGGUGGGCUGGAUGGGACACGCUUUGGCGAGAACCACAAAAUGUUCAUUUGAAUUAAAUUAAGGUCUGUAAAUAUACAUAUAUGUUGUUGUUUUUUAACUUUACAAUAAUGAAUCGCACUUUGUCAUAACAAAAUACUGUUAUAAAAGCAUUGUACUCCCACUAUUGUCUUCAAUUUACUUUGAAAACAUCAUUAUACAUGACUGCUACCAUAUAAACCCAGUAAGCAUUUUGUUGAUUCUACGCGAAUAAUCCUGUCGUUCUGUUUCUAAAGGCAAAGUCAUGUAAAUAAGGAGAAAGAAAAAAAGGCUGAGGUUUCAGGCUAUGACUUUGUAAAAUAGUGCACGCAUUGAGCAGCGGUAACGGCGUGCGUUUUGGCGAGGCGGAGCCUGAACUGAAAUGGCGAGUCUGCCGUCACAUAGUGGGUACAAUGCAAUCAGAAUGUACAUUGUGUUAAUGCUAUUUUUCCUUUGGUUGUUGAUGUUGUUUUAAACGUGGAGAUAUUUUAUUGCUUGUCUGUUAUGUUCACUUUUUUCAAUAGCAACUCAUAUUUUCUUUAUGCAUGAACUUUGAGAGAGUUUGCCAUACAUAUAGUCAGUUAUUGGGCAUUGAUACUGUACGUGUAAGGGUUUUAUUGUGUUAUACAAUAUAAAGCAAUUUGUCUUAUUUAGAAAAGUAAUGAAAAAGCAACACAGCGUUUUUUUGUUCUUAAGAAAAAACUUCACACUUGCAAAAAAAAAAGAAUAAAAAAAGAAUAAAUGCAAUGCUGGACAACCUCAAGUGCCUGGACGUGGGCGAAAGGUUUCCAGAGACGGAGCGGUGAUGACGAAGCUGUCGGGGCUGGGCCUCUCAUCAACCUUCGGUUUGCAGGUUUUUCAAAUUAAAAGCCCCUCCCUCGCUCAGCAGCUCUUUUUAUCAGUAUUCCUAAAAACCAACCAGUUUACAAACUUUUUUUCGUUUUCAAUGCAGAGAACAAUUGAACAAAUGCUCGAUGCUUCAGGCUUUUUUUCUGAAUGAGUGCUUUUUCCUUCAUUUGAAAUCAGUGAUAUGCAUGUUCAAACGAUUUUUAUAGAAGACCUUGAAAAGCCACUUGCUUUUGGUGAAUUGUUACUUUGGGUUGUACAUAAAGACUAAACUGUUUUAUUCCCGCUCUGUCGGCUUGUCCCGCAGCGGACACGUCGAGGAGAACAAAGAGGGCAUUAUGUGAAAACGCCCUUUUCUUAUCUAACAUUACUCUGAGAGCAUUGCUGCGUCUUUGGCAGACUUUCAAUUGGUACAUUUUGUAGUUGUUUUUACUCUCUAAAGUAUGUGUAGUUUACUUUACUCACGGUUUUCUACAAAAGAAGGGAGACGGUAACGACAUUGGCUCUUCACGCUCCCGAUGCAAAAAGAAAAAGCGGUCUAACGGCGUCUUGUUUUCUAAAGGAGAAUCAUUUUGCUAAAAAGCAGCAAUAACAGUCCAUAUUACUAGACAAAUACUAGCCAGUGUGAAGAUUUGAAUAAGAAUUUACACAUGUAAAUAUUUUUUUCAUUUACGAUCUUGUAUAAUAUAUGUACAUGGUGUUUCCUUUUUCAAAAAGAAAUCUUUUCUUACAAUAGCUGUCUUGUUUUUUUGUUUUUUUGAAUUUGUGUUUUAACGGAGAUGUUUCAAAAACAGUUAAUGCAGUGCGUAAGAGAAUAUUCCCUACAUAAACAUGUUAAUCCAUUUCUUUUCUUUCCUUUUUUUUACUGUAGAGUCUUUAUAUCGAUGACUUUUUCACCAGUUCAUAUAUAUUUUUAACAGUAUGUUCAGUAUCAUAGCAGUCGGGGUCACGGGCUGGUGGCUCGGCCGUGUUGCAGAUUGUUCCCCCUCAUCCUCAUGUCUCUUUUAGCCCUACGCUGCUGCUAAUACUCGAUAAACCUUACAGUUCUAGAAAUAUUUUUAUGUAAGAGGUUAAUGUAAGCUUUCCCAUUUAUUAAUGCCACAUAUACAGUAUGAAAAAUGAGCUUGGCUUAUUCAUCUAUCUCCCUUGUUUCCCUCAUGGUUUCACGCCUUUUUCCUCAUCCCACCCCCCUUUCUCUCACGACACGGACUAUAUUGUAAAGUAAAGGACUUUAUGAGAUUAUGUUUGAAAAUAGCUAUGCUUAUAUACUACAGUGACUGAAUGUACAGUGUAUAGAUGCAUUACCAGAAAUAAAGUUGUUUGUCCAGA